GCUCCCUGAGCGGACAGAUGGACGGCUCUUCCUUCAGGGUCAUCAUUGUUGGAGGGUCGAUCGCGGGCCUCUCUCUCGCGCAUUGUCUGCACAAAGCUGGAAUCGACUGCAUUAUCCUUGAGAAGCGACGGAAAAUUGUACAAAGUGAUGGAGGAUUCGUGGGAGUACUGCCCAAUGGUGGGCGAAUUCUCGAGCAGCUGGGACUUUACGCUGCGGUCGAGAAGCUCAUUGAACCGAUGCGGCGUUUCCAUCUCCAAUUCCCGGACGGGUUUCAUUUCAGCCACAGCUACCCUCAAGAUGUUCAUGACCAGUUUGGAUAUCCAAUGGCGUUUUUGGGCCGACAACAGUUACUCCAAAUUCUGUACGAAUCGUUACCCCGGCCACCAAUAAUUCAUGUCAGCAAAACGGUCACCCACAUCGAACAGCAAGAUAACACUGUCCUCGUGUAUACCCGGGAUGGAAGCAAGUAUACCGGUGACCUUGUCGUGGGGGCUGAUGGUGUCCACAGCCGUGUGCGGACGCAGAUGUGGCGCAUCGCCGACACGCUGCAGCCUGGUCUGAUCACUGACCAGGAGAAAAGGAUCAAAAUCGACUAUGCAUGUAUUUUCGGCACAUCCACCGCGGUGCCUGGAUUGAACCUGGGAAGAUUGCAUCUGACCGUCUGCGAUGGACACUCUUUCAUCCUUGCACCUGCACCCCAAGCACGGCUGUCCUGGUUCAUUGUGAUAAAGCUAAACAGGCAGUAUCGAUAUGGAGCCGCGCCGUGUUUUUCGACUGCCGACGCUGAUGCAUGGUGUGAGCAGAGAGCCGAUCAAGCGAUAUGGGCAGACGUCACGUUCGAACAGGUUUGGAAGAAUCGUGAGACUAUCGCAAUGGUCCCACUGGAGGAAAAGCUCUUUCAGCAUUGGCAUUACGGACGCCUGGUCUGCAUUGGAGACAGCGUGCACAAGAUGACUCCCAAUCUGGGACAAGGCGCCAAUAGUGCUAUCGAAGAUGCGGCUGUACUGGCCAACGAGAUCCGCGACGCUCUGGUAGGCGCUCAGAAUCCCACCAGCUUGUCCGACCGAGCGGUUGAUGCUCUACUCUCGCGAUUCAGCACGAAGCGACUCGCCCGGAUGACCAAGGUCUACCGUGCGUCAAAAGCGGUCGUGCGGGUGCAAACUCGACAAGUCUGGUUGUACAAUUUGAUUCUGCGACAUUUAGUGCCAUAUUCGGGGAGUUUACCGGCGAAGCAAGUGACCAAGAUCUUCGAGGACGCUGCAGCUCUCACAUUUGUGCCAUUGCCACGUCGGGGCUGUGGCGCUGAAUGGUCUUGA